AGUAUUUGUACUCAGCAUGUGACAUGUUUGCCAUGUUAAGAGGGCCAGCUGUGGAGCAGCAUGUCGCAGAGGAUCCGACGGCAGCGGCGUGGCUGGCAAAGGACGCGAAGCUGUGUAGAUAACUUUCUGAGCGGGGAGGCUGAUGUCCCAGGUGAUUUGAUCUGGAAGCUCUUUGCCUCCUUGAAGGACUCCGUCACAGAGCUGUCUGAGUCUCUGCACUUCGACAGAAAGGUGCUUGAGGCCCCAGAGAAGCAAGAGGAUGCGCAGGAGGAUCUCAAGAUAACAACCCGGCCAUAUGCGUCAGUGCCAAGGCGCCUUGAGCCCUACUUGCCAUGGGAGAGCUUGCGCCCUCUGCUACAGGAGCUCGAUGCACAGGCAUACCUUGCCAGCUCGCAGCAUGUACUGUACCCAUCGCUUUUCAACUUCAUCUCCGGAUUGGACACUGGAGUUACUUCAUUUGCAGUCCUGCAGCUCACUGAUGCGCAUUUGGUGGGUUCUCACAUGCUACCCUUCUCAUCUUGGGAUGUCGGUGCAGUUGUGAGCGCCCGAGUCUGCGGGGCACUCUGCGGCUCAAUGCUGCUGCUUUGCACCUCCAAGGAACCAUCCUCUCGAGACCUUCUAGCUUGGACUGGCGUUGGCAUUACUGCCAUUUCGCUGUGCACCUUCCUCGCAGCAGACCGAAAUACUCUGCUGCUAUUGCGGUUCCUUGCUGGCUUGGCUGAAGGUGUCUCUUCGCCGGCGAAGGCAGCUUACGUUGUGGAGACAGUGGAGGCAGAUCUUCGAGGGGCAUCGAACGGAACUCGCUGGGCAGCCUUUGCCCUGGGAUCCUGUGCUGGAGUGGCCAUGGGAGCUGUGCUUCGGCCCAUCCCAGGAGCUUGGCAGGUCAUGCUUGCAGCCUCAGCUGUCCCUGCAGCGCUUGCUGGGGCGGGAAUGCUGGCGCUUCCCCAUUCUCCUCGAUGGCUAGCCCACACUGCGGGCGAGGGGACGGCCCGCGAGCGGGCCAUGGCUUCCUUGGAGACACUCCGGCCACACCACGACCGUUUGGUUCUUCAGCAGGAAAUGGACAUCAUUUGCCAAGGCUUGACCAACAAGAGUGCGAAGGAGGUCAAGGUUGCGGAUGUCUGGGAUACCUUGCAGCAUCCUGCGACUGAAAUCAGCGCCCUGGUGACUUUUUUCAAGCAGGCAAAUGGCACCAUUGCCAUGACAGCCUACUUAGCACCAGUGCUGGCCGCCAUGGGCUGCGAGAGGAACUUCACGGUCCUCGGAAUUGUGCUGACUGCUGUGAGGUCCGUCACAACACCUUUGGGCAUUGUACUGAUGGACCGAAUCGGUCGUCGCGGCAGCCUCCUUUUGGGCUGCUUGGGCACCUCUGCCUCGAUGUCAGUGCUGUUUGCAUCGCAUGCAUUGGGAAGCCAUGCGUCAGCAGGCCUAAUGACCGCGUCCUUUGGCUCUUUUGUUGCAGCAACAGCGCUGUUCGAGCUUUGCUGGGCUCCAACGACGUACCAGCUUACAACAGAGCUCUAUCCACAAGAGAUUCGGCAGCAUGGUUUGGCUUUGUCUCACGUCUUUAACUAUGGAGUGAAGGCAAUCGAAAUGCAAUUGUUCCCUCUCUUCUUGGGCAUCGCUGGCCUGACCCCCUUCUUUGCCGUGUGCGCCGUGGUGAACACUGCUGGCGCCCUUGUGGUCUAUCACAUUGUUCCCGAGACCUGUGGAAGGACACUGGAGGAGGUCAAGCAGCUCUGGGAGGAGCCUGAUCACGAGGGCGCAGAGGCCGAAGAGGCCACACUUGCUUGUGAAAGCUCUGAGUGAGCCUGCGAAGAAGGUGCAGCUUGGAAGCGUUGCCGCGGACCUCGUCGCCUCGAGGGGUUCGGGGCAAGGAGAGCUGGCUGCGG